UUCACCCAUUUCAACUCCCUCAUCUCUCUUGCUUUUCCUUCGUUCCUUGCUUUCUAAUGCUAUGAACAUUUUCAUCAAUUUCUCUCUCUCUCUCUCUCUCUCUUACCAUCUUUCCAAUUUCAUUGCGUUUACCAUUGGCGGUUCCUGCACCAUAUAUAGCAGCCCUUUCGAUCCACACUUACACCGACUCUCUCUGCAUUCUAUUUCCACAUGAUUUUAUUUCGAGGUAUCUCCAAUCAUUUUAUUUUUCUGCAUUUUACACCGAUCAAAUUUCUGCAAUGCCUUUUGGGUGCUAUCCCAAUCUAUACGGUCUUCUGGAUGAAAUUAACUGCACAAAGACGGAUUGCGCAUUAACAUUGCAUGUUGUGAAAAAAAAUUCUUUAAGCAUAGAAUGGUUCAAACAAAGAUGGCCUGCUGGGGAGGAUAUGAAAGAACAAAGAGUAUUUCUGAGGACAAUGACAAUAUAAGGCAAUCAUUGUUGGACGAGUUUGAUUCACCACUUCUUCUAAGAAGUGGCGUUAUAUGAAUGUUGAAAAAGAGAUGCUGCACAUACAUAAUUAACUGGGGAUGGGGAUUGAGCAUUAAAAGAAUUUUUUUCUUUUCCGAUCCUUUUUCGCGUUAUUCCCUGCGCAACUCCUCGGCGACACCAUGGCUCCCACGCCUGCCUAUUCGCCCGUUAUCACCAAAGACACUUCGGUGAUCCAACUCCAUGCCAAGACUCAUUUUCCAAUCAAGUUGGUAUCCACCAACUUCGCCAUCUGGCAACGCCAGGUCCGAUCUACUCUCAUCGGUUUACAUCUCCUUGGCUAUAUUGAUGGUACCAUGGCUGCUCCGCCCAUGAUUCUGGCUGAAUCCGCCAAUCCUUGCUACUCUAUUUGGUUUUGUCAAGAUCAAUCUAUCGUCGGUGCUCUGUUUGGCAGCUGUUCUGAUCAGGUUCAGCCUCUUAUCUCUAAUGCCGAUACCUCUCAUGCUGCUUGGACAAGCCUUCACUCUGUGUUCGCAAGCGCCAGCCGCGGGAGGGUUGUAUCUCUCAAAACCAAACUCGGAAAGAAUCCUCGUGGGGAUCGUUCUAUGGAUGUGUUAAAGGAGCAUGAGCGGAAGCUCAAGGCUGCGGAAGAUACCAAGGCUGUGGUUGUCGCUACUACCAAUGUCACGCAGCAUCAACGCCACUCCGGGGGUAGGUCCGCCGUGCGUGACUCUUAUUCCCACGACUCCUCGAGCAGCAGUGGUGUUAAGAGGGGCAGUAGUGGCAGUCGUGGUUCUCGGUUCUCCAAGCCGUCCCACUCGUGUCAAUUCUGUGACAUCCCGGGUCAUGACGUGAAGGAGUGCCGCAAAUUAUCUCGCUUCCUUCGCACUCAUGGUGUUAAUUCUCUUCCCACAGCAAAUGCUACAACUAUGGCUGGUGUCAUCACACCGCCCUGACUACUCAGUCUCUUCAUUCUUUCUCUGAUUACAGGGGUCCAGAUGAGAUCCGCUUGGGCAAUGUAUCAAUAAAAUCAAAUUUAGAGGAAACUCUAAUUUACACCAGAAGGGCAGAGGAAAAAACAAAAAUGACUGUUGAAAAUACAAAAAUAUAUUUAAUGAUUUGACAAUAUGGAGUUUUUUUUACUGAUACACUAUGUUAGCAGCUUUCCACCAGAUCCAACUGGUAUCAAACAUCCCAUAUUCACAAGGCCCAGUCCUGCAGGCACAAUAGUUUUGCAGCUUUAUCUAUAAGAGUUCUUUUGUUUCUUUGGGUGCUGGUCAACGUCCAUAAAUUCACCUGUAAGCC